AUGGCGCUGCGUCCACGAGCUUCCUCUCAGCCUGGAAAACUUUCUUUCUUCCAGAGUCCUAAAGUGGCUUCAGCUCUUCGACCCCGGGCUGUUUCCUCACGCUCAGGCUCCAUGCUGGAAGAGGAGCUGUCUUGUCCAGUUUGCUGUGAGAUUUUCAAAGACCCCGUGGUGCUCAAGUGCAGUCACAGCUUCUGCCGAGUGUGUUUGCAGCAGUUCUGGAACAAGAAGAAGGCCAGGCGUGAAUGUCCCAUCUGCAGGAGGAAGUGCUCCCUGACUGAGCCAACAGUCAGCCUGGCACUGAAGAAUGUGGCCGACACCUUCCUGAGGGAGCAGGAGCGUAGGACGGGUGCAGCCGGGGCAGGAGCUGACUGGACCCGGGGGCAAGCACAGGUAGAGGAGGUGACGUGCACCACACACGGGGAAGUUCUCAAGCUUUUCUGUCUGGAUGACUUUGAAGUCCUGUGCUGUGUGUGUCACACCUCCAAGAAGCACCAGGGACACCGAGUGUGUCCUUUGGAUGAGGGAGCUCAGGACCUCAAGGCAGAGAUGAAGACAGAGGUGAUCCCACUGAGGAAGCACCUGAAACGCCUCUAUGAGGCCAAGCAGGAGUGUGAUGACACAACUGUGCACAUCAAGAAUCAGACUCAGGCCACAGAGAAGCAGAUCAAAGACGAGUUCCAGCAGCUGAGAGAGUUUCUGCAGCAGGAAGAGGCAACUCGUCUGGAUGCACUGAGGCAGGAGGAUGAGGAAAAGAAAGAGCUUGUGAAGAGGAAGUCAGACAGCAUCACCAGCAGUAUCCUAACCUUUUCUCAUGCUGUCAUCGCUAUUGAGAACGAGAUUGCCUCCAGUGACGCUCUCUUUCUUAUGAAUUAUGCCAACACAAAGAAAAGAGCGCAGAUCCAGCAGAAGGAUCCAGAAAAGGUGUCUUUUGUUUUGAUAGAUGUGGCCAAGCAUGUCAGCUCCCUCAAAUACCAUGUGUGGGAGAAGAUGGUGGAAGAAGUUCAAUAUACACCCAUCACCCUCGACCCCAACACUGCCUACUCCUGGUUGUCCAUCUCUACAAACCUGACCAGUGUGGCCAACAGUGGAUCCCUUAAGAAGCUACCAGACAACCCUGAACGUUUCGGCCACUUUGUCUUCGUGCUGGGCUCAGAGGGCUUCACCUCAGGUCGCCACGCCUGGGAGGUGGAGGUGGGUGACAAGGCAGACUGGAUGCUUGGGGUGGUCAAGGAGUCAAUAGACCGGAAAGGCCGUAUCUCAGGCUGCCCUGAGGGCGGCUUUUGGAUGAUAUCACACUAUGAGGGUGAAUACUCAGCCAUGACAAGGCCCAGCAUCCCACUGCAACUGGUGGGUGAGCAGCUGACUCGAGUCAGGGUGCAGCUGGACUACGACUCCGGGGAGGUGACCUUCUCCAACCCUAUUAGCAUGAUACCCAUCUACACCUUCAAUGACUUCUUCACAGAGAAGAUGUACCCUUUCUUCUGUCCUGGUGCCAACAUCAAUGGAAAUAACCCCAACCCACUUAAGAUCUGCCCUGCCAAGGUGGCGGUGUGGAAUAGUGCCACGUGGUGAUCUUACAGAGGACAUCAUCUCUAAUGUUUUAUAAUUUACCCAAAUGUAAAUUGAAUUAUAUCAGCAGAUACUGCACAUAAAAUGAGUACAACACAGGCAAAGUAACAAGUGAUGAUUUAUUGUAUUUCCCUUGGGUUCAUGAAGUGAGUCACUGCAGCUUUUGAAACACAUUGUGGUUUCUUUGUACUACCAGGGGAUGGUGUUGCCUUUGUAAUCCAAGAAAGAUCCAUUCUGCUUCUCAGUCAGGGAAUCCAGCACACGAAGCAUCCCCUGUACGCUCUCUUGGGCAUCAAUGUCCCCCUGGUGGUUGGAAAAAACACCCAGUUACCAUGAAGGCAUCGCACCAGAGUAAAAAGACAAUCAAACAUUUCCUUUCUCAAACCAGAUACGGAUUCUACGGCUGCUUAUUGAAGGAUAUUUAUAAUGAUAUCAAAAGAGCUCAUGCUCUACCUACUUGACCAGGACCACCUUUGUUUGAGAUAUGUAACUAGAUACUGAAAAUGCAACCUUUCAUAUCAUUCUAAAGCUAUCUUUUGAACUUAAUAAUUCUGCAAAAUGUAUAACCUCAGGACUCUAAAAUGUAGAAGAAUAUAUGAACUGAGAACCAGAAUAUUGCUGUUAGAAUGAAGCUUGAUUCAUAAAAAGCUUUGUCACUAUGAGAAGAUCUAGUGUUUUU